AAAUGCACUUCCGGAUUACUUCCUAGUUGUCAAGUUUCAAAAACGAAUAGCUUAUUAAGAAAACAUGCCGACAGUGUUACCAUAAACCUUUUUAAAGUCAAGCUAAGAUGAGAGAAAUCGACAUUUUGACUACGCAUUUCAGCACAAAGACAACAAGCUAACGCUAACAAACUUAGCUCCCAGUGCUGCCUGUUAAUCUGGUUAUACCUCAUUGGUUUGUGAUGGAGAGGCUAAUAACGAAGCUCACGGAAAAACAUGUCCUUUUCACGGCUUCCUUUGCUAUAAGACUGGCUUUGGUCGCUUAUGGAGACUACCAGGAUAGGACUAUGGUGGUGAAGUACACUGACAUCGACUACCACGUCUUCACAGAUGCUGCGAGAUUCAUAACUGAGGGGAAGUCCCCGUACAACCGAUCAACCUACCGCUACACUCCUCUCCUCGCCUGGCUGCUCACCCCUAACAUCUACCUCAGCAUGGUAUUUGGCAAGAUCCUCUUCAUAGUGUGUGAUGUGCUGUCAGGACUGCUCAUUUACAGAAUCCUCCGCCUGAGGGGUCUGAGCUCUGAGACUGCACGUCGUGUUUGUUCUCUGUGGCUCCUCAACCCACUGCCCAUGGGAGUGUCCAGCCGAGGGAAUGCUGAGUCAAUCCUGGCAGCCCUGGUGCUGGGGACAAUACUCUGUAUGGAAGCCCGGCAUCUGAUGUGGGCAGCCAUACUCUAUGGUCUGUCAGUCCAUAUGAAGAUCUACCCUGUUACAUAUGCUCUGCCCAUUGCUUUGACCCUGCGCACCCCAGAGACCACAUCAGAGGAGGGCAAAAAGAGGUGGAAGAGGUUCACUGGGUUUAUAAGAAGUUUCUUUAACCGUGAGCUGUUCCUCUUUGCAAGUGUGGCCGGAGGAGUUUUCUGUAUGUUCACAGUGCUCUUCUAUUACACGUAUGGAUGGGAGUUCCUUCAUGAGACCUACUUGUACCAUCUGACCAGACGAGACAUCAGACACAACUUCUCUCCAUACUUCUACAUGCUCUACCUGACAUCAGACAGCAGGUGGAGCCAGUGGCUCGGCUUGGCGGCAUUCCUGCCACAGCUUGUCCUGCUGUUGGUAGCAUCAUGGGCCUUUCACUCUGACCUGGCCUUCUGCUGUUUCCUGCACACCGCCAUCUUUGUGUCUUUCAACAAAGUCUGCACUUCACAGUACUUCCUGUGGUACCUUUGUCUACUCCCUCUGGUGAUUCCUCACCUGAGUCUGUCACUAAAACAGGGAGUGGGACUGCUGCUCCUCUGGUUUGCUGGACAGGGUAUCUGGUUGGGCCCAGCCUACUUCCUGGAGUUUGAAGGCUACAACACCUUCCUGUUGAUCUGGCUUGCUGGCCUGCUCUUCUUGAUAAUCAACUCUUCAAUCUUGAUUCAGAUCGUUGCCCAUUACAAACCAACGCAAACUCCACAGAGACUGAAGGUUGAAUGACAUUCCAGUAAUUUAACUGAAGAUGGACUACUGUAUGGAUGCAUGUUAAAAAAUAAAGUGUGUA